UUAAAGUAUGUAUGUAUUAAAACUAGUAUUGUUAUGUAUCACCAUCCGAAUUCAAACCCAUCAAAGACCACACUUAAAUUAUUUUAUUCCGUUCAAUUUGGUUUUGCAAUAACUUUUGUUACGUAUUAAUUGCGAUUUGAACUUUCCACGUCUAUUGUCAACAAACGGGAUUCUUUACACGUCUUCUUCCCUUCUCCUACCUUCUUGAAGUAAAGCACCACUUGAUUCAAACCACUUUUUUCUCUCUAAUCUUGCACCAUGUUCCGACUCAGAGCUCCCGGCAAGAAACCCAUUACCAUCACCACCACUUCAACCUCCGCCUCCAAUUUCCUUUACUGGUCACCGGAAUCUUCCCCCACCGCCGUAUCCUCUCCCACCGCUAUGGAUCCGGUCAUUUGGUCCAAUCUACCUAACCACAUCCUCGACCACAUCCUCUCUUUCCUCCCUUUCAAAACCCUCGUCUCUCUCCGUUCAACAUCCAAGCAUCUCCGGUCUCUGAUCCUCUCUCCAACUUUCCUCUCCGACCAUUCCUUCCCCCUCCCUUCGUUCCUCCUCCUCUCUCACCCUCAGGCUUUUCAAUCCUUCCCGCUCUUCGACCCUAACCUCAUCUCCUGGCGCACGUUACCACUCCCCCGCUCCCUCUCGCUAACCUGCGCCUCCUCCCUCCUCUCUUCUUCCCACGGCCUCCUCUGCUUCUCCGUCUCCCCUUCCUCUGCUUCUUCUCUCUCCGUCUUCAACCCCUUGACCAGAUCCUCCAGAUCUAUCAAAUUCCCGUUUUACCCUUUCCCCUUUGAGCUCCUCUCCCUCGUCGCUUUCCCCGACAGCUACCGGAUCUUCACCAUCUCCUCCUCCGCCUCGAGGUCCGUUUGUCUCUACGAUUCCGGCGACCGCUGGUGGAGAAUAUUCGGCGGCGUUGACCAAGUGUUACCCCGUGGGUUUAAUCAAGAUGGAGUCUUUUACAAUGGGUCACUCUACUUCGUCAGAUCCGAGCCUUUUCUCCUCGUGAGCGUCAAUCUCGACGACGGAAAAUGGACAACCGCCGCCGGAGAUGGAGUCUUCCCGGCGGAGGAUGAGAUCACGUUUGCUAGAUUAGUUACUGAUCCCGAGAAGAAGAUUCUUUACAUGGUGGGAGGCAUAGGAAGCAACGGGAUAUGCAGGAGCAUCAAGAUUUAUGAAUUUAAAAGAGAGACAGAGAGUUGGAUCGAAGCUGAAACGCUCCCGGACAUUGUUUGCCGGAAGUUUACUUCGGUUUGUUACCACAACUACGAGCAUGUGUACUGUCUUUGGCACAAGGAGAUGAUCUGCGUCUGUUGCUAUAAUUGGCCUGAGAUUCUCUUCUUUCAUGUUGGGAGAAGGACAUGGCAUUGGGUUCCCAAGUGUCCUUCGUUGCCGGAGAAAUGGAGCUGUGGGUUUCGCUGGUUCUCUCUCGUCCCGAGCUUGUCUGCUUCCGUUUAAUUAUAUUGGUCUUCGAUCGUUUGUCAGUAUUUGUUAUUGUCUGUACUUCGAAUCUCCUUAAUUGUCUGCCUUGCAAUCUCUGGUUUCUCUUUGUUUUCAUCAUCAUUGAUCCAAUGUGCAUUUAAAAAUUAAAACCUCAUUCAUUCUGUUUCUUUUCUUCUCAAA